AGUAUUGAACGUCGUAUAGAAUUUCACCAGCCAUAGUCAAUUAUAGGGCCGUGUAGUGCGCGCAGGUAUGAUUCCUUAACAGUCAUCACAAGCCGACGACUCAAGCUCAGGCCACCACGUCAAUUAAAAUAAAUAUUACGGGGACAUAACAAGGGUUAGACUUUAAUAAAGGUGUCCGCACAGCGGCGGCAUGCAACAGUUUGACGCUAAAUGUUCAUGAAUAAUAACUAGUUAAUUAGUGGCAUGUUGUGUAAUGUGAUUGUAAGUGGUUUACUGGUCUCCCGGGUGGCGUGUGUGUGAUGACUGACGUGAUGAAGAACCACUAGCCAUGGAGGUGUUUUGGGGCGUCCUGUUGGGGCUGGCAGCCCUCCAGUUUCACGACUGCGGCGGACACGAUGCCGACGACCCCAAUAAAAUACAGUUCGAGGCGGCUUUUCAAGGGCGAUGUGACCGCGGGAGUCCUUGCGAACAGCUGUGCUACGAACUGCAUGAUGGCAUGUACGAGUGCGACUGCAAAUCCGGGUUUAUACUCCGAGCCGACGGUUACAGCUGCUACGAAAUUAACUCAACGGCCUCCCCCCCAACUCCCGAAGAAAUAAGAUCUUCAAAUCAAGAAGAAGAAGACGUCCUGUACCAGAAAGACGCCGUUUUCGACGCUUUAGAACUAGUUUCCCCCAACGUUUCGACGGAAGCUGUCAGUAAUCUAACCAACGGUUCCCCAUCCAGCACAACGCAAGGUCCCAGCUUGGAGCAAAAACUAACCGAAGUAUCGGGUGCCCCGCGAGCCACUUUGCCUAUCUCGACUGAACGACCGUGUCCCCUGGAUUGCGGCCCCGGGGGCGGCUGUGUGCUUAGAAAUUCAAAUGAAGAACCCGCAUGCCUAUGUCCGCUCGGAAGGGGCGGCGACCGAUGCGAAAAGGAAAUGGAAAUCCGGUCGCCGCGGUUCACGGGAUCAAGUUGGCUGGCAUUUCCGGCCCUUCGUGGCGCCUACAAGCACGUCCAAGUUAGCCUGGAGCUGCGUCCGGAGGCCUACGACGGAAUUUUCUUUUUGACGGGAGAAAGGGACGACAUGGCCGGCGAUUUUAUGGCCCUCUUACUGCAUCAAGGAUUUGUGGAGUUUAGGUUCGACUGCGGCUCCGGCGUUGGAGUCGUGCGAUCAGAAGAAACAGUUUUGCUCAACCAGUGGAAUCACAUCACCCUGUACAGACACAGGUGGGACGCGUGGCUGCAACUAAACGGGGGCAAACACGUUCAGGGUCGCUCCAAAGGCCUAUUCUCUCGAAUUACCUUCAGAGAGCCCUUGUUUAUAGGCGGCGCAGGGAACACCACAGGCUUGUCGGAAAAGUUACCAGUGGCAGUUGGUUUGAAGGGGUGCAUUCGGCACUUGGAAGUUAAUGACCAUGUUUACAAAUUCGCUCUCGAACCACACGGGGAGGCUUCCAAAGGAUACGGCAUUGAGGAGUGCACUGCUGACCGUUGUAGCCGCGUUCCGUGUCAACACGGAGGCAAAUGUUUGACCAGUGAAGAUUCAGCUGUUUGUUUAUGUCCCUUGGGAUUUUCUGGCGACUUGUGUGAGAUUCGCGUCGACCUCCAAGUUCCGUCUUUCAACGGAUCGAGUCAUUUGAGGUAUAGAGGAUUGGGUGAAGAAGCCCUAACAUGGCUAGACUUCGAGAUUACUCUAAAACCGACGGCAUCGAACGGUCUGAUAUUGUAUAACGGUCAUCGAGGUGACGGUUUGGGCGAUUUCAUGGCGCUGUAUUUGUAUGACGGAUACAUAGAAUUCGCUUACGAUCUGGGAACCGGAGCCGGGAUUGUUACUAGCCAACACAGGAUCAGCCUAGGGGAAUGGCAUCAGGUCAGAGUAUCAAGAACCGGUCGUUUAGCCAUCCUCUCCGUCGAUAAUCAAUUACCCUCUGAAGUCCUCUCUCCCGGCGCCUUCACCCAACUUUCCUUGCCUUUAAACCUUUACCUCGGAGGCGUGCCAAACUUCGGCAUCGUUUCUCCCCAAGUGCGCGUACGGACAGCCUUUAUCGGCUGUGUCCAAAUGGUAAAUAUCAACGGCAGAACCGUCCCCAUUUUGGCAGAGGCCCUCGGCGGAGCGAACGUCGACAACUGCCCUCACCCUUGCAUCGCAAGACCUUGUGGAGAAGACGGCGAAUGCGUCCCCGAAUUAGAUUACUUCACCUGCAGAUGCAAGCCGGGCUACCGAGAUCAACUGUGUGCAAGAGGGCCUCCUUCCUUCCGCGGCACAGACAGUUACCUCCACUAUAACGAGCCCUUCACUCUCGAAGCCCUCAAUUCUGAUCCACUAGAUGUUAACGUUCGGUUUAAGGUGUCAUCAGAAACCGGAUUAUUACUAUGGAUGAAUUCGGGUUAUGGAGAAUUCUUGUCGUUAGGACUCGAAGAAGGCGCGUUGGUGCUCAGGUUUACUGUGAGAGGAGAGGAAGUGGUUGUUGUGCACAAUUCUACUACCGUCCAUGACAAUCUCUGGCACAGGGUCAAAGCAGUCAGAGAUGGAUCGUCCGCUGUCUUGAUUGUUGACAACGGGCCAGCGAUGACCCGUCAGUCCGUAGAAAUUCCUCCCAUGAGCAUUUCUCUAGGAGAGAAUGAAGGCCUCUACGUAGGAGGAAUGCCAAACACUUCCCUUCAGUCCUUUACAAGGUACAAGCAUGGAAUCAAAGGCUGCGUUGCAGAUUUAGUCUUGAACACAGACUAUCGACUGCAAGUAAUUAAUCAUUCAGAAGUGGGACACAACGUGGGAGAAUGUGAGGUUUAAAGUCAAUAAACAGAAGUGGAAGCGAGCCUAAAAACAAUUUCUACUUCACCGAUGACAUUAAUGUGUACUAAUUAAUGUGUGAUUUCUGAAAUUAAAAAUAAGGCUGACUACUUGGAGCUAUUAAGGGAACAAUAGUAAGAAACAAACGAUACGAAUCUGUCUGAAGAGAAGGCCUAAUUUAGGUGUUUUUGGUGAUUCGUGUCGUCGUCUCUUCACACAAAGCCCCUAUUAAUAAUAGUUGUGUGUCAUAUCUGCAUCCGAGCCUCUAACACGGCUCCGGCAGGUCUCUAAGGAUUUGUGUUAGGAUUGUAGAUAGUCUUGAUUAAGAAUAAGGAUGAGCUUUUUGUAUCUUUUCAUUUCUUUUUGAUCUGCGCGUGGGAAAGAGUUAACGAAGCAUUAGGGAACGUUUCCACUUUCUAAAUAACAAGGAUUGAAGUUGGAGGUGGUGUAAACGUGCCUUUACACACAAACGCACUGUCUUCAUAUCAUUGUAGAGUAGCUGACACUAGACGAGCAAUCAUAUACAGUGUGAUCGUUAGACUUUUUCCCUUGCCUAUUUUACAUUUGCAAUAAAGUAGAUACUAAUCGGUCCAGUGUAAAAUUCACAUUGUUAAAUAAGUAUGUAUAUGAAAACCUAAUUUGUACAGGUAGACUACUGUGUGUUAACAAUAAAGCGCUUUUGACUUAAA